AUGAUGCGCAAGAACAAGGAGCAGAGGAGGGCAGAUGGAAUCACCGAUAGAGGCAGUGAUUCGCUGGAGACCAUGCGGCCGAACAAGAAGCAGAGGCUGGACGGUGGCAGCGGUAGCGAUGAGGAGACCUCGCCCUACCUGGUGGUAGGUCAUGGGAGCGUGAGCCCUGCCUUCUCCGUGUUCAAGGUGGAACCCUACACCGACGGCGGCGGCGACACCCCGGUGAGCAUCCCGCGCCGCCUCGCCCGCCUCAAAUGCAAACACAACAUGUCUUUCGUCCCUUUGAGAUUGAAGGACCGCCGGUGGAUCGUCGGCGUCGGCGGCAGCUCAACCGAGAACUACUACGGCCCGGGGACCAUCAUUUUCGACACCGAGAAGCAGGUGGUGAUCCGGGGGCCGGAACCUAAGUCGAUCAAGAGCCACCCGAUCCUGCUGCCCAUCGACCAGAAGAUCUACGCCCUUUCCCGAAGCCCCUCAGUGAAGGGACCGCUCGAUUACUUGCCCUGGUUCGAGGUCCUCGAUCUCUCCCAGGCACAGGAAGUUGACGGCUGUCUAACCAACUGCAAGUGGAGCUCCCUGCAGCGGCCGCCCUUCUUUCCCUGGGAGCUCACCCCACGGCAGUACUUAUGUCCACCGAGGGUUGCCGUCAAGUCAUACGUCGCCGUGGGCUCCCACAUACUGGUUUCUGUGACCGGAUGGGUGGGCACGUACGCUUUUGACACGAAGGGCUCGAAGAAGUGGGUGACGGUGGAUGACGAGAACAACCUGCCGUUCAGCGAUGGUGCCAUCCCGCACGGAGGUGGGCUCUUCCUCGGCUUAUCAAGCACCACAAAGGCCAUCACUGGAUACAAGAUUAAUAUCGGCACUAGGUCACUCUCUGUUGUUGAGAUUCCUGUGGUGUCCGACUUGGAAGAUGAAGAGCUGGUCGGUCGCUCACACAAUUUCCUUUCCCUGGGGAUUGAUAGUGGCUUCUGCUUGGUGACCUGUUGGAGUGUUGACGAAUCGCCGUAUCCCCCGUAUCACCGGGCGCACAUCAGGGUGAGGACGUACAGAACAGAUGAUUUUGUGGAGUCGGAGGGAAAAUGCUUAGUCGUCUCCAAGCAGUGGAUGCAGGUUUACAAGAUCCGCGAUUUGAUCCGGACACUAGAUGCGCCAUGUCUGGUUGGUGUGGUCUACAUAUGA